AUGUCGGGCUCAGCCGUGUCAGACCGCGGCGCCCAUCGUGUCAGCCAGAGUCUCCGCACGCCAGGCACGCUCGUCGGCUGCGGCUCGAUUAGGCAACCCAUUCUGGGCCCGUGCCAAAGUGGGGGCAUGAUCCUAUGUGUGGCACGACAUUAUUGCAACACAAUUACUUGUCGACCGUAAUUCCAGGAGGUCCGUCCAUAACGCACAAGGUCCCGCACCCAUCCACAGCAAUACCACGGUACAUGCUUCAAUCCUCGAACCGGGUCAAUCCAUCUCGUACAAACUGGCCACGACGAAAGAGCAUAACAUUGCGCCCCCCUUGGCGCACUGCGAGCAUGACCAAAUGCCUCACCGUGGCGCCCAACUCAAUCCCUCGCGAAACCAAAAUUUGACCGAAGUCAAUGAAGGUAAGCGGGUUUACGCAGCGGUUUUGGUCGAAUUUUGCGAGUGAAGAAUAACACCAUUCAUGAUAUCUGGCACUUCUUUGGUCCGUACGCGAAAGCCGUUGUUGCCCUACCAAGGCUAUUCAGAUUUUACUAGGCGGCGCAGGCUGCAGUCAAGAAGCUUGUCCGCAAGGAGGGGUUGCUCGACUCUGAACUCGAAGGAACUCGAAGGCCUAUUAUGGAACGGCCAAGGAUGCGCUCACUCAAGCCAUGGCCAAUGUGAGGAAGUACUAGCAUCUUCAGGAGAGUCGGUGAGCAGGUAGAAGCUUCAUGUACAACGCUACUGAUGUAUAGCACUUGCUCCCACACAGUUGAAGAAGAUCAGCGACCACAUUGCGCAGCACUGUUUUUUUUUUUUUUUGUAGAAACUGUUCAUCAUAUUGCCCCCAAGUCCUGUUCCCCCUGAUUGGCCUACGGAAAAUGUAAGGCAGCUGUGCCUUACGCACCUAAUGUGGCACCCGGUAUUUGAAUUACAUCAAUUCAAAUUGCUUUACUUUUGGAUCACGCGUUAGGGUGCCGCGCGCCUUUCACACCGCGAUCCAAUCUCAUGUCGACAACUCGCUGGUAUUAUCCGAUGACUCGCACAGCGUGUACUGGUGCCUGUAGAUAAGUGCUAGGUUGCUAUAGCGUCACUAUGUUAGGAUCUUCACUGCCAAGAAACAUGAUAGCGAGGACUCUUAAAGCCUGCGAUGAACUUCUCGGCGAGGUUGCAGAACAGAUCAUGGGAGGACGGCUCCGCCUCGCCGGAGGCCAUGCGUUCCAAUGGCGAAAGUACGCGCUCAAGUGA